AUGAUCUCUUCCUCAAUUAAUACUUUAAUUGAUGAAAGCACAAUUACAAAUGGCGAAAAGACCUUGGAAGCUGCAAAAGCCCUUCUGAGAAUUUAUAAUGUCAGCAAUAAUGAUAAUAAAUAUUCAGAAUUGUGUUCAAACGAUAAGAAUUCGGCAUCAAGUAAUGAGAAGGCUUCGAAGCAUGAAAAAUAUCAUCGCGCUGAAGAAACUCGCAAUGUUAACGGAAACAAUAAUGGUAAUAAGGAUAAUAACAAUGUUAGUGACUUCAAUAAUGGCAACUUCAACUUGGAUGUUAUAAUGACAACAGGAAUGGUAGCGAAUAUUGGAAACGAGACGGUGAUUUCAAUGGCAGAGAAAAACGGUUAUUUAAAUGAAAGUGGUAACGGAAACGUUGGCAGUGCAGAUUGGGAUUAA